ACUUCGCCAGCUAUUCAUACUAUUACUACGAAGAUAUACCAAAAUAACUCGGAGGUUCGUGAUUAAAUAUUAAUAAAAAUGGCACCAACCUUUAGAGCGGAUCACAUAGGGUCGUUGUUACGACCCCAGUCCCUUCUAGACGCUCGCUCGGAGCUCUCAUCGCCUUCAAAGAUGUAUUCGCUGAACAUUCCACAGUCAGUAAAAGAUGCGGAGACUCAGGCAGUUCGCGAGGUAGUACAAGCACAGCUGCAUAAAGGAAUUAGACCCAUUACAGACGGCGAAUAUGCCCGCCACAUCUACUAUGGCGGCUUCUUUGAGAAACUUUCUGGAUUUGAAGCCAAGCCAGAUCUUCCCAUCCCGGAUGCCUUCCGGACCGACUUCCCUACAACCACAGGCCUAGCGAAAAUGGGCGCGACAACUCGGGCAGCAGUUGUCUGUACCGGGAAGAUUGAGUACAAGGAGUCUCCGUAUCUUUCGGAAUGGAUUGCACUUCGCGAUAACUUGUCCCAAGAUAUGUGGCGUGAGGCGAAGUUCACUAUCCCCGCACCUAACUAUCAACACAUCCAACUCAAACCAGGAACUGCAUGGACUCAACAGUCAGGUUACACCUCAGAUAAGGAGUAUUUCGAUGAUCUUGCCAAAUGCUAUGCAGCUGAGCUCAAAACGCUCUACGAUGCGGGUCUCCGCAACAUUCAGGUGGACGAUCCACACCUAACGUACUUUUGUUCCCCUCAAUUCGUCGAAGGCUGCGAGAAGGACGGCACAGACGUAGAUGAGCUUCUAGACCUCUAUACCCGGACACAUAAUCAGUUGUUAGCGAAUAAACCGACAGACUUGCACGCGGGUAUGCAUUUAUGCCGAGGCAACAUGUCAGGGUCCACAUAUUGGGUCUCGGGCUCAUACGAGAAGAUCGCAUACAAGCUAUUCAACGAAACGGACUAUCAAACCUACUACCUCGAGUUCGACGAUCUAGAGCGCGCGGGUGGCUUUGGCCCCUUGAGAUUUCUUCCUAAGGGGAAAAACGUGGUGCUAGGUCUUAUCUCGACCAAGACGCCAGAACUAGAGGAUCCAAACACGAUAAAGGAAAGAAUCCACGCUGCCGCUGCAGUAAUCGCUAAUGCACAAGGCAUUGCCCCCAAAGAAGCUAUUGGGUAUCUUGCCUUAAGCCCUCAGUGUGGCUUUAGUAGCAGUAGCUUGGCUGGCGGCAAGGGGAUGACGAUGGAAAGGAUGUGGGAGAAACUACAACUUGUUCGCGACAUUGCCCGCGAUGUUUGGAAAUGAUGACAGUUAAUUAUUUACUUCUAAAAGACUUAUACCGUUUCUUUGUCACAAAUUAUUCUCAAUGAACAAUAGCAUCACAUAAUCUUCAAGUCACAAAUAGUUGUUAAAGAAUAAAUAACUCAAUGCAUUG